CGAGGAGCGAAGCUGCCUCCCGUCGGGCCGCUUUGAAAUCACGCUCUUUUCUAUUUGAUCUUCGUUUCAUUUUUUUUUUUUUUUUUGAUUCGUUCCCUUCAUCUCAUUUGUGUAUCUGUGACUCUUAACUGAAAAGAGCGAAAGAAAAAAAAAGGACAACGAGAGAGAGAGUAUAAGAGCGAGAGAGAAAAGAGAAUGAAAGAGAGAGUAGAGAGCAGCUGACUGUGAACGAAUCUCGGCAAUAUGGGCGUUCUCCUGUGCACGAUCUUCACUUCAAUUUAAUUGUGUUGCUUCAGAAAGAAAAACAACAACAACAAAAAAACCCCCAAAAAUUGUCCGCAAAGAAGAAGAAGAAGAACACGACAAAGAGGAAAGUUGAUCACACAACGAAACAAGCAAAAAAGCCAAAAAACAAAUAGACGUUUGGGUUGUAAAAAAAAAAAAAAACUACGCCUGCAGGCGGGAUAUUGUCAAGAGGGAAAGUGCGCACUGGCGGCGACGUAAUUGGCGUGUGUGCGUGCGUGUUUGGUGGGGUCUGCGCGGGCGUUUCCUAUAUACGCUUAUUAGUUUACACACUGUGCAUGGGCCUAUUUCUUGGCGUGCAUGUGCGACUGUAUUUGCUGUAGCGCACCGCCGACAAGUCGAUGCUCGGCGGUCAGAAUUCGUGAAAGUGGACGUCCAUCUUGCACACACAUUGCCGUUCAAAAGGAGAAAACAGACGAUCAAGAAAGAAAAUAAACACGACCGAAGGCGAUGCUGCGGGUACCGGAGAAGCUGCGAUCGACGACGGACAUCAACAACUUUGAAGUGAAGAAAAGAAUUUUUGGCUGUUGAACGCGGCGCCGCCACUUCGCAGAAGAAUGUGCUGCUGAUCGACCUGCCUCUUCUUCUUCGUUUCAUUUUCCCCGAGGUUCUCUAGAAAGAAAGCGGCCAGCGCUGGUGCACCGACGGUGAUAACUCAUGGCCCCAUUCUCGUCAACAUCUGCCGAGUUGCGGAAGGAAAUGCAACCAGUUUGACAGACGCUUCCGAUCUUGCGCCUAAAGGCAAACGUUGGAUCGCCGUGUGCCUACGAGAAAGCCAUAAGCCAACGGUGACAAACGUCAAUUUCAAAUCGGAAACGAAGCAGGAAGGAAACAUAGAAAGAAAAUAAAGAGGACCAUAAACACACACGAAACAAAUAAAAAUCCACGGAAUUUUCGGAUGGAGACGGAGGAGGGACUGUGAAAAAAGGACAGACGAAAAAAAACCGAGUGAAAACAAAUCAAGAGAGAGAAAAGAACAGAGACAACAUUGACGAUUUGACGGUUGUUUUUCGUGUAGGAAACGUGAAGGGGAAGGACAGUGAACUGUUUGUUGCGCCGUCCCGUUUCCCGUCGUCUGGAGUCAUCUGGCCUUCCUUUUUUUUGUUGUUGUGUGUUUUCCCUCCACACUCCGAAAAAAAAACACCCAAAAGAAAGAAAAAGAAAAAGCAAACAUUAUACCACUGACAAAUGGCUUCUGGCCAUCAACAUUCUUCCGGCAGCGGAAAGAGGACACGAUUUUUGAACCGGCUCUUUCCUUGGCGGUCGUCUUCGAGUCAGAGAUCGAGUAGCGGGAGUCGCAUGAUGAGUGGCGGCCACAACAAGGAAUCGCCAGGUCAACUGUUCUCCGGUAGCAGCACGAGCAGCGUGCGACGGACGUCGCCCGUCGAUUUGAAUUUAGGCGCCGAAACGUCGGUAGGACCACCGAUGAUGGCCGUCCCUUCUUCGCUGCCUAUUCCGCGGUUUCCCGAUGUCGUCGAGGCUGAACCGGCCGUUUUAUUGGCGUCGCAUCAUCGGCGAACGCAACGGCACAAAGACGGUGCCAACGGCUUCCGUAUGACGGCGACGGCUGCCGCCCCAUCGACUUACCAACAGCAUCAGACAGCCGAUAAAAUGGACCACGAAGAGAUGGGCGCUCUACGACAUUUGGCCAGUGAAUUGAACGCCGCACUUCGACUGUCCGAAGAAGAGAAUCUUCUACUCAAAGCCAAACUUCAAACGCUGGACGAGUGGGGUCUAAUGGCCGAACAGCAGGAGGAUGUAGGAGCCAGUCAAACGGCUAAACUGGAUCGGCUGAUCGAGGACUUGCGCGACAUCGCCUCAUCGCAACCGACGUCUCCGUUCACAUCGCCUUUCGUUCACAGGCGGAAUAUGCGCGAUCUCGGCCGCAUUCUUCAGCAACGGCAAUCCGAGUUGAGGCGGUUAACGGCCGAGCUGCACCAGACGCAGACCGAACUGCUUUUCACGCAGGUGGAACUGGAUCAGGUGCGUCGCUGUCUCCAAAGGCUCGACCAGAGGCUUUUGUACGCCGAGGAAGAGUUAGACCUUGCCCGUCAAGGUUUGCUGCAAGCGUCCAUUAGCAAGCAGAGGCUGAUGCAAGAGCUGCAGACCACCAGAGGCCUCUUGAUGAGGUGUUGGGGUCGCGUCCGCGAUUUGGAACAGCAGCAGCAAGCGGCCGGCAACAUGCUCGAGGCCAGCUGAAAGAAAAACGACUUGUGACGAGGUUCUUAACAAAUCCAAACGCCACGCGCGCCCAUCUCCACGUAGCCGGAAAAAAAAAAGAAAAAAGAAAAGAAAAGAAAAAAGAAAUCAAACAAAGACUCAUUUGCACUUCGUUCCUCCGCCUUGGUCGGCACGUUCAGUUCCAAGAAAACACGGCGAUUUGUUGCCGUGUUGUCUGCGGCCAGCCCAUUUCGUUUCGUUUCUUGCCCCCCCGAGUUGCCGGUUACUAAUUAAGGAAAUACCAAAGACACAGCCAAACUAAUUGCUCCAAGCGCAAUCACGUGACGGUUUGUUGCACGCUGGUAAACAAAAAACCAAACAAAAAAAAAAAGAGAGAGACGUCAGCUAUUUUUAUACGAUUCGCCAAUACCAACAUGGCAUGAUCUUUACCAAUUUACAUGGUAAGCCCAUCCUCCUGCUGUGCCACUGCUCCCCCCCCAAAAAAAAAAAAAAGAACAAGAAAAAAAAAAAAAAAAAAGGAAAAUUUCAUGGAAUAAAAUCGAAGUCAAACGGAGCGACGGGGGAGAGCGAAGGUGGCAAUGAGAAGUUUACGGCCACACGCACACGCACACACAAGAGAAACACUGAUACUCGGGUCAUACCAUCCGACUGCAAUAGCCGAAACAAAAGAGAAAACAAUCAUUAAAAAAAAAAGAAGAAGAAGAAGAAAAAAAAACAAGCCCACAACGGCUAAAAUGAUGACGGAUCGCUUUGGACGUCACCGAAAAACUGAAUGAAGAAGAAAAAUCACUAGAGCCUCUUAUUUGUUAUUCAAAAUGAAUCAGCUGAUAGAAAAGGACUGGAGAGAUACGAGGUGGAAUCGAGUGCAACAGGAAUAAUUUAAAAAAGGUGGUUUGUAAAAAAAUUGUUAACGGGUAGGAAUCAGCUCAUCAAGUCUCUGUUGGACGCGGUCAUGGCAUCUGAUGGAGGAGGGAGAACAGUAGCGGCGGCGGCGGCAGCAGCGGCGGCAGCGCUUAGGACUUGUCCGUUACUUUCGUCCGCUCCAUCAAGAAGUCCCGCCUCAUCGCCAGCCACGGCAGGUGGCGUGGCCGUCACCCGUAAUCGCUUGGGGUCUCCGUAAAUCAAGGAAUGGACAUUGGGCGAGCUGCUGCGCGAAUUACUCCGCUCACGGGUGAAGUGGUGCGGAGCGGCGGCAGCGGUUGUACCUUGUAAUUCCUGCUCGUCCAAGAAACGAUCCAUGUAGUCGGUCGUACCCGGAUGGAGGGCAUACUUUUUCUUUUCCAGUCGCGCCCGAUUGGCCAGCACGUCGUGCCGCUCCGUUUUCUUCCACAAGUAAUAGAAUUGGACCAAUUCGCCUACGGAACGCGUUCGCACUUUUUGCUGUUGGAUGUGAUGGAAAUCUUUGCCGAAUACGCGCAGACCGGAUUCAAAAUUCCGACACUCCUCCUCCGACCACAGGGAGACCGUGUCGCAUGGUGUCACAUUGCUCAUUUUUCGUCUUCGCAAGGCUUCUUCGACGUUGUGUCCGCAUUGCAAUAGCUGAUGCAAUGCCUAAAAAAAAAUGCGUGUUCCAAAUUUGUUUGAAAUUAACACAACGGUGAAUACAACAAGGCCCACUA